CGAGGCGCUGCUGCCAGCUGACUGCUUCAGCCCCGGAAGUGAUGCAGGGGGAGGCAGCCUCGCAGCGAGCCGGGAGUGUUCCAUGUGGAACCCGGGGAGCCUGAAGGAGGCUGUGGAAGCCAGUGGAAUGAUUCCCUGUGUAGCUGAAACCAGGUUAGGUGCCUGCUGUUAGUGGCAUGGUGAGAUGUGCUGAACAUCAGCUGCCAGGGUGUCCGACGGGAAGGGGACCACUCUAGAAGCUGGGCUUGCAACAUCAUGGGCCAGUGUGUCACCAAGUGCAAGAAUCCUUCUUCUACCCUUGGCAGCAAAAAUGGGGAAAGGGAAUCUGGCAGCAAGUCACAUAGUAAGAGAAGUGCAGUCCACAAAGAUGACCAUGGUUCAGCUGGUGGGAAGGCCACAGGAGAUAUACUUGUGAAUGGGACAAAGAAAACGGAUGCUGCUGUAGAAUCUUGUCAGCCUCCAACCUUUUCUGGAGAUACAAAGAAAGACUCUGUUUCCAGUGCAGAAGAAUCUUCACUCCAAAGGAUUGGGGAGUUGUUCAGGAGGUAUAAGGAUGAACGGGAAGAUGCCAUACUGGAAGAAGGAAUGGAACGAUUUUGCAAUGACCUCUGUGUUGAUCCCACUGAAUUUAAAGUACUAGUUUUGGCUUGGAAAUUCCAGGCUGCUACCAUGUGCAAAUUUACAAGGAAGGAGUUUUUUGAAGGCUGCAAAGCAAUAAAUGCAGACAGCAUUGACAGCAUCUGUGCAAGGUUCUCCAGCCUCCUGAAUGAAGCCAAACAGGAAGAUAAAUUCAAGGAUCUCUAUCGUUUCACCUUCCAGUUUGGCCUGGACUCUGAGGAAGGACAGAGGUCGCUACAUCGGGAAAUAGCCAUUGCCCUUUGGAAAUUAGUCUUCACUCAAAACAAGCCCCCAAUUUUGGACCAGUGGUUACACUUCCUCACUGAGAACCCCUCAGGAAUCAAGGGAAUCUCCCGGGACACGUGGAACAUGUUUCUAAAUUUUACUCAGGUGAUUGGACCGGACCUUAGCAACUACAGUGAGGACGAGGCCUGGCCGAGUCUCUUCGAUACCUUUGUGGAGUGGGAAAUGGAACGAAGGAAAAAGGAAGAGGAAACCAAAUGUGUUACCUAUUCAGACACAGAGGGCCUGUGUGUGGAAGAACAGACUUAGCAGCAUCAAAGCAGCAGUGAGGAAAACAACCUGUUGCCCUUCAUAUAUUGUAAACUCUGGAUGUUUCUGGAAAUUACCGAGGCUCCAGAUUUUUCUACUUUACACCUUUUUCUGCCUUGUCUUUGAAAGGGCUCUAAAAUGCUGUAUCAUGUUUUAGGCACUUUCUUAAUUUUGGUUAUUCCUUUUACUCUUGCCCUGAAAUAUUUGACCCUGGCUACAAGUUAAAAGUUUUGGGGUUGUUUAAGACUUCUGAUUAGUAUAAGUAAGUCUGAUAUUUCUUGCACAAUGUAGAUCUUUUUAGUUAGGUUAAAUUAACAUUGUUAAAUUAUACAGUGCCAGAUUAAGUUUUUCAUACUACAUCUGUCAGGGCAGGUCUGUACUGUGUGUAGUGCUGUUUACAUUGUUGAAAUUUUAGGCUGUAAUAAUUUUAAGGUUUUAUACCAAGAUGAACAGCAGUGUUAACUGUUAAUGCAUUAAUCCCCCCCAGUAAUAAGACUCUAAAAACCAACACGAGCAACAGCUUUUUGUAAGAUUGCAAGUUCCCACUUUAAGCUAACACUUAGUGGAUGAGCCCAGAUCAUUCUGUUUUUUGGAGUUUCAAACUAAAUGUUGGGAUUGUUUUAUAAAAUUACUGUACCUGUCAGUCAACUGAGUGGUAGAUGACUAUUUGUACCCAGAUCUCUUACACAUGAGAUAAUAAAAGAGCAGUACUACCUCAGUUUUAUUGAAAGUGGACUUCUCGAUGGACUUCCAUUUUCUCUGGAAGUUGUAUUUUUGUGGUUACAUGAGAAUAUUUUUACUUGACUAAAAGAACCAAAGGUUCUGCUUCUUAAGUUUGCUAAACAUGGACAGAAGCAACAAACAGACCCUAAGUCUUCAAGGAAAACUGUGGUAUAAUUCUGCUUUAAUUCGUUUGAUUUAUACCUAAAGCAUAACCUUACUUGUCUGGCAAGCACAGUACUUCUAUGUAAAGGAACUAUCUUUUGCAUUAAUUUUGAAAAACCAGGUUUUUUAAACCUAUGUUUAAUUGCUAAAUUGCAGUUAAUACUCCAUACUUUCUGGAGCAACAAUAUUGGCAUCUGAUGACAGAGUGAAUUCUUAAUGUGUUCUUAAUGACAACAGUAUAGAUGAGUCAUUUUUAGACUGAUUUGAUAAUAUUUGGAUAGGAGUCAAUUUAUUAUUUUACAAUGCCUGUAUUGGGAAUAUUUGCCUGUUGAAACUCUUGUGACUUAAAGGGAGUUUUAUUAACACUGGUUGAAACUUUUUUGGUUAUUGAUGCUACCUUUUUUAAUUUUUAGUAUGUCAACUUUUUUACACCUUUUGGUAAAAGGGAUGAUUACCAAGGCUUUCUACAGAGCUAAGUACUGGCUUAAUGAAUUUGAUACACUUCCAUUACACACCAUUUAUUUUCAGAGCUGCAUUUCAGAAUCAUAAACUGGCUUCAAUCUAAAAAACAAACCAAAAGCCCAAAACAGAAGAUGUGGACAGUGAUCCAUAGCAUCUAAUUGCUUUUGUGACUUAAAUGUUUUAAAGCUAAAAGGAAACAGAUUUUGCUGCUUUUGCUGCUGUGCAGCCUAUGCAAUAGCUUGGGUCCAAGAUCAUAAAUCACUAACAAAAUGUGGGUAUUGAAGGCUGUUUAAAAGCAAACCCAAAAGCCACAGGUAGCACCUCUUUCAUCUAAUAAAAGGAGAGUUUGGUCUGUACUGCCUUUGCAAGGUCUUGCUGGGAGAUGUGGUAAACUAGAAAACAAAUGUCAUUGUUCCAGAUGCAGCUGAAUCUGUCCCUUUGCAGGAGGAGAGCCCUGAACUUGCUGCAUUAUAGGUAAAUAUACUCAAAGCUUUGUCCUUGCCACUAUAACCUUCCAACUGUGGCACAAGCACUGUUUGGCAGCAAAACCUCGCUCUGAUUUGAUGAGCAGAGGAGGCCAAAGCACUUGUGCUUGGUUAAUUGAAUUUAUAUUGAGUUUUGCCAGUGCUGUUAUUUUAAAAAGAAAAAAAAUCCCCAACAGAGAAUGCUUUGUUAGCAAAAGUUCCAAGUGGAGACAGAUUUGAUAGAAAAUGAGGAUUGUCUUUAUCUUUGAGACUACUAAUUAAUUUGGCUAUUAAAUGCUUUGGUCAUCACUUAAUAGUUUUUUUUUUCUUAAAGGGAAUUAAAAAAGCCCAGAGUGUGAAAACUCUCAGCUGGGCAGCCAUGGCCUGCAUGUGCACAGGGUCAUGGCAGUGGCUGCUCCUGGUUUGUAUGCUGAGCUGCAGCAGCUCUGGAGGGUGAGGGAUGGAGCUCUGUAAGGAAGGAAUUUACCUUGUGGUCUGAAUGUGGACUGCAAGAAGGAGAUGAAUUUGUAGCACUUCAAGGCUAAGCCAUUUUAGUGUAAUGUAAUACAGCAGCCUUGUAAAGAUGUAGUGGUGGAUGUACAAGAAGGGAAAAUCUUAUUUCCUGUUGGGAAAAGGAAAUUCUAUACAUAUAAUUCUCAGAGGCUGAAGUUCAGUGCUUUCCAUACAAGAAGAUGGCCUUGCUCUUGUUCUGCUGCCUUCAGCCUAGCAGAAGCAACUCCACCCAUUGGGUAGAAUAUUUGGGAAAAUAGCCAAAUGAUCUGUCUAGCAAAGUACCAUUUAUUUUUAACCUAACUUGGAUUUCUUAAUUGCCAUUUACAGAAUAAAAGCCAGACCUGUAUCAGUUUUAAACUCCUGACCCGAGAGCUGAAGGUGCAACUCUGUGGCAGUGCUGACAGUGAGAGAGGGCAUCAGACCUUCCAUUGGAUUUCCUGGUGAUUUUAUGAUCCUAAAUAGACCACACUCUGUAAUGCUGGUGUACCUGUGUGGGAGCAGUGGGGGUUUUGUACUUGUUUCUGAGAAGUUUUAACAAUAUUGGAGACUCUGAAAAUAUGCUUAAUGGUUAAACUGUGAAUAUCUGUGGAGCAGGCCAAAUACAUUCACUUUUCAUUUUGAUAUAAUUUUAAUCUUUAUUGUGUAGGGCACAGGACUGUAGUAGACAGUGAUGCUGAUGAAAUCCUUGAAACCAUUGCAACUAUUUAAUUUUUUUCAUUAGAGUAUGCAUUAGAAAACUUGGUGCAUGUAGUGAAUCUGCUGCAACUUGGGAUAAAUUAACUAUAGUUAACUAUAUAAAUAGUUUUAGUAAUAUACUGGAAAACUGGUCUGACAUCCACACAUGGGCAUUUUAUUGCCUUCCCAUAUACACAAAGAAAUACAGCUCCUGUAAAUUUUACUCCCCAGUAAUGAAACACUGACCACCUGCACUAUAGUAUUGUUUGCAACACUUCUGGCUCCCAGAUCAACUGGAGGCUCAGUUUGCUGAUUUUUACUUGUGUGGGUGUGUUUCUGAGGUUAACUACUAUUUAUUGAUUAAAGUAAGGAUUUGAAAGAUUUCUCCCAUGGCUGGCCAUAAAAACUGGUUGAUUAAUUGAAACAACACAGAAUUGUGAGUUUACUUGCUGCUGGUGCUAUUCCAUAUGGAGAACUAUAGCUUUUUAAUACUGUGCAAUUGUAAUGGAAGAACCAUAGGGAAAAUAAAUGAAGGUGUGGCAGGUGACAUAAAAUCAGACAGCUGAAGCCUGCAGCAGAGCUGUGUGCCUCAGCACUGCCUUCCCCAGGCUGGCACAGCAGAUCUGCUCAGCUCUGAACCACUGUAGCUUUUCAGGCAAGGACAUUUAAGAGCAUGAAAGGAGCCCACCCCGUGCUGCUGGCUCCUGAGACACAGAACUGGCUGCAGAGUGAUGCAGCCCCUCCUCAGCCCCAUGGCAGGGUGGCUGCUGGGGGGGCUCAGGGUGCUGCAGGGGCAGCAGCUUUGCCUCUGAUUUUUAUUUCACUCCAUGUGUGUCUGUCAGAGCCUGAAGAACCCAUGGAUCCCAGGACAGGUCUUGUCCCCUGUGGUUCCCAGACAUGGCUGUGCACUGACUAGUGACCUUAGGAUGUUCAUGACAUUAUCAAUGGAAGUAUCUUCCUUACUGUUUAAGCCUUUUUUCAAAAGAAAACAAAAACCAAACAAAACCCAACCCAGUUAAAUUAAAGAAACACCAUGUAGUUAAUAACCACAGAAGUCAUGAUGUAAUUUGCUGGCUGAGGUUCUAUCAUUCCCAUUCACUGGGGAGUUACUGUGAAUGGGACUUGGGAGUUUACUGAGAGUUUCUGGGACUUGCAGCCUUGUGUUCUGCAGUGUGAUCCUUUUUUAGAAGAUUCUUGGUAAAUUGGGCACCCAGUUCUUCCCUUGAACUCACUCUGCUCAGAAUGUGUCUGUGUGAAGGUCCUUUCUUAUUAAAAUGGAAGAUGCUUAACAAAAAUUCUUUCAAUAUACAGCAAAACAAAAAUAUUUUUUCAAAUUGGUAUUGAAAAAUCAUCUGCCUAAAUUUUGUUGUGUGCAAACAAAACCACCAGUGUUCAAAUUUUCUCUCUGAACUACUGAAGAUUCAAUCUUUGGUUUUAUAUUGUCAGCUGAAGUGAAGUAUGAGAUUGUAAGACAGAAGGCUGUAACUCCUUCACUAUGAAGUACAUAGGUAUCUCUACCUCUUGUUCUUAGACUUGAAGAGUUUAAGGUUACCAUCCUUUUCUCCUAGGACUUUGUCUGGAUGAGUAAUCUAAUUUUUUUAAUUGACCCAAGUGUUACCUAUUUACUGUACUUUUGGGUGUAUUGCUUUUAAUCUGGAUACAAUUGCCUCUUGGAAAGGGAGCCAAGUCAAGCUGCAGACAGAAGUGUCUCUUCUCCUGGGUGCUAGUUUUGGAGUGCAAUAGAAUGAGUGGCUGGAGCUGUGUUGCAUGUGGCUCAGGGGUUUUUGUCAUCACUCAUCCUCUUUCCUGGUCAGGCUCCCUGUACUGGCAGUGAGUUGAAGAUGGAGCAGCUGCUUCCCAGCAGAAGGCAUCAGGCUUUUUAUUGGCUCUUGAAAAACUUUAGGAACCCACCUGGUGCAAUGCUAUGAGUGGUGUUUUCUUUUGAUGAACAGUGCUGCUUUUUGUUCCGUGUUGGACUCUGCCUCUAACACCCAGCAAAGGUGGGAGCUGCAGAAGUGUAAAGGCCACACACAUCCUUUUCCUCCCUGAGGUCAGAAUCUUGCUCAGGAUAAAGCCCUUAUUCUGGGGCAAAUCUGGAGUGUUCUCAAGUGUAGUGAAGGUGCCAGAGUGGCUUCAGUACCAGCCCACUGGAUUCAGUGAUGUGUUUGGGUAGUGUCUCUUUUCAUGCAAUGCAUCUGUGUCUCCUCCUUUCCUCCCCCAAAGAAAACUGGAACAGAGUUACUGUCAUUGGGAACCCCACAGAGAUCUUAUGCCGUAGCAACUCUUGCUACAAGUUUCUUCUCCCAGUCUGAGGGCUCCUUUUGGGGUGUGACCUCUUGCACUGUCUCUAUGAAGGGACUCUCUCUUUGAAGGGACUGGGAGGUGUGAUCUGUAAAAGGAGCAGGAAGGUAUUAGUCCUGCUAACAGCUUGCCUUAAAUCACUGGUGUUACAGCAGCUCCUCACUACUAUUGCAAUCCCCAGACUUUCUUUAGUUAGGUUUUAAAGUCCAGCAGCUUCUGGAGCUUGUACAACUUACUUAUUUUUACAAUGCUCCUGUCUCUGCUUAGUUGCACUCUUCAGAUAAGCCCCUUUUUGGAUGUCAUUUCACACACACAAAAAAAAUCCCAAACCAACAAACUUCACAACUAGUCCAUCUCUGAUGUUGCUAUCAUUUUGUGGUGGGUUUAUUUUUUUUUUUACACCCCUCCCAUAAAUUUUAGUUGGACUAAAGGCUGCCUACUGUUGGUGUUUACUUGAAUGUUGGCGUUUCAUGCAGUUACAGCUGCUGACUCUGCUCUUCUCUGGGCCCAAGAGGGGGGAGAUUGUGUGACCAGAGGUGGCAAACCUGCAGAGGAUCAGUGGAGCUGAGGGCUGCUGUUUGUGUACUCCCAUGUGUAUUACAGGUUAGAGGACCUCACAGACUGCUGCUUUGUAUUCUGAACUUGUGACUUUUUUUUUAAGUCACACUAAACUUAGAAAUCUUAAAAUAUGCUUGCUUUUGUAUCUCUUUAACAGUCUUUUAAAAAUGGGGAUGGGUUGGCAGGAGUGGCUGGAGGACCUUGUAUUGUUAGUUGGUGUCACCUGAGUUCCAAGAGACUUGGAUGCAGCUGGCAGACACUGCAGGGAGAAGAAGGGCCGGGGAGAGGCAGGUGACACAGCUGGAUUUCUUGGAGUACUUGCUUGUGGAUAUGGGCCUCAGUUUAGCCUCGUGGCACCUGUUGUGGAAGGAAUGCAUUUUGGUGGUGUGUUUGCUGCCAGGGAUGUUUACUAAUUCUGAGGAGACAGUGAGUACACCUUCUUGUGGCUUUCCCUGAACUGCAUAGGAAUCUUAACUGAUGGAUUUCUCCUUCGUUAACCAGCAGGGGUGGAUUGGAUCACAUUGCUGUUCUUCUGGGGGAGGGGGGAGAGUGGUUUUCUUGCCUUUUCAGACUUACCCACAAGAUAACCCAUGUAUGAGCCAAUUUUCUCACUCUGGGAAACACUGAACGUGUUGUGUGCUGCAGAGCAGAGGGUGCAGCUGUGUGCAGGCAGCAGGGCCAGAGGUGCUGUGCAAAGGUAAUGACUGGCAACAGCUGGAGUCAGUGCUGUCUCGUGCAGGAUCCUUUUUUUUAAAGGGUUGUGGCCAAAUAUGAAGAAAUGAUCUAGAGGAAAUGUGGGAUAAGUUCAAGAUGAUGCAUCUGCUGAGUCCUGUUUGUUUGUAGGUUUACAACUGCUUGUACCAGAUUUUGCUCACUGUUGUUGUUUGGACCAGAAGGGAAAUGGCAUCUUCUAGAAUGUGCAAUUUAAGGCACAGUGCAAAAAAAAAAAAAAAAAAAAGGUUUUUAACAGGAAGGUUGUCUUUGCUUGCUAGCAAUCCUGAGUGCAAUGUUUUUGUCAUGUCCCUUUUGGAAGAAGAGCAUUAAGUGCGGGAUGACAUUUUUCUUAUAAGCGAAGCAUUGGUUUGUCCUUUACUGACUUCUUGUGGAAUUUGUGCCAGAUGUAUAUUAAAUAUUUUGGUGCUUUUUUUCUAA